AUGGGGAUGAUGGAUGAUGAUGGGGAUGAUGGAGAUUAUGGGGAUGAAUGGGGUGAUGGGGAUGGGGAUGAUGUGGAUGAUGGAGAUUAUGGAGAUGAUGGGGAUGAUGGGGAUGAUGGAGAUGAUGGAGAUGAUUGGGAUGAUGGGGUUGUAGGGAAGAUGGGGGUGAUGUGGAUGAUGGGGAUGAUGGAGAUGAUGGAGAUGAUUGGGAUGAUGGGGAUUAUGGGGGUGAUGGGGAUGAUGGAGAUGAUGGAGAUGGUACGGGAUGAUAGGGGUGAUGGGGAUGAAGAGGGUGAUGGGGAUGAAGGGGGUGAUGGAGAUGAUGGAAAUGAUUGGUGUGAUGGGGAUGAUGGAGAUGAUGGGGAUGAAGGGGGUGAUGGGGAUGAUGGGGAUGAUGGGUGUAAUGGGGAUGAUGGAGAUGAUGGAUAUGAUGGGGAUGAUGGGGAUUAUUGGGGUGAUGGGAUGGAUGUUGGGGGUGAUGGGGAUAAAGGGGACGAUGGGGAUGAUGGAUAUGAUGGGAUGAUGGAUGAUGGGAUGAUGGGGAUGAGGGGGGGGGUGAUGUGGAUGAUGGAGACGAUGGGGAUGAUGUGGAUGAUGUGGAUGAUGUGGAUGAUGGAGAUGAUGAAGAUGAAGGGGGUGAUGGGGAUGAUGGAGGUGAUGGGAAUGAAGGGGGUGAUAGGGCUGAUGGGGAUGAUGGAUGAUGAUGGGGAUGAAGGGGGUGAUGGGGAUGAUGGUUGA